AUGAAAGUCGACUGGAACAGAAUCACGUCCUCCCUCGGGCUGAAAGGUCAAACAGCAGCCUCUCUUCAGGCCUUCAAGAAACGUAAUGAUGACGCACGGCGAAGAGUAAAUAACCUGUCGGCUCUACCUCAAACAGUGGAUUUUCAGGCCUACCGCGAUCAGCUCAAGAAUACCACCGUGGUUGACAACAUUGAGAAGGAGAUGAAAAACUUCAGUCCACGAACGUAUGACGUGAAUAAGCAGAUCAAGGCAAUCGAGACUUUUGAGGUGCAGGCGGUGAAAAGCGCAGAGGAGACGAAGGAGAAGGUCGACGAGGAGUUGAAGAGUCUGCAUGCUACGCUGGACAAUAUUGACAAGACGAGGCGAUGGGAGGACAUCACCACUGACGACGUUUUCGCGGCUAAACCAGGAUGGGAAAAGAGAUUUGAGAAGAUGAUGGAAAAGGGUAUUUGGAUGCCUCCAGGCUACAAAGAGAAAUUUGGCGAUUUGUCUGUCAUGUAG